AUGGAGAUCAAAGACUUCUUACCUAAGAAGAUCACAGAACUGAUUCUUGAGAAAAUAUGGUUUUCAGAAUGGGAGAAAUUACCAUUUGCUUCUUUCUCUCUACAGAAGAGCUUUCUGGCUUUCCUUGUUUCAGUGGGCAGCAUGGUGACCCUGGGGGAUGCAUCCUGCUUUACUGUACUUCAAGUUCCAGGGAAGCCCUACAGAGGGUGUACAUGGAAAGGAAAACUGUAUCCCUUUGGACACAUUGAGAGGACAGAAGAUUGCUACCAAUGUGGCUGCAGUCCAGGUGCAAUGGAAUGCUGCUCCCUCUUUCACACUCCUGUUUCUUACAACAAAAAGAAAUGUAAAGUUGUUUUCAACAAGAAGCGCUGUGAGUAUAACGUGGUGCAGAAGGACGACCCCUCAAAGGUGUGUUUUGCCUUUUCUGCUGUGGGCUAA